UCUUAUCAUAACAGGAGUUCACUCAUUGCAUUGCUCGGAAUCCGUACAUUUUGUAGAAGUCCUCUUCUCUCCUGCCUGUUGUUCAUCCGGUGACUAGUAAUUCAUAAGAAUUAAGUCACCAGUGAACUUUAAAAUAAAUAAUAAUUUUUCGGAUAACGCUAGCUCACAAGAUGGCCGACUGUUAUUCGUAAGAUAAUGUCUGGUGCGUCUGGUUCAGGGAGUGGAGCGGGACGCGGCCGGGGCUCCAGCACUGUAGCAGACAACAAAGAAAAGGAAAAUAAACCCAACCCUAAAAUGUCGAAAGCUUUGGGUACAUCGGCGAAGAGAAUCCAGAAGGAACUAGCAGAGAUCACACUAGAUCCCCCUCCAAACUGCAGUGCGGGCCCUAAAGGAGACAAUUUGUAUGAAUGGGUGUCAACUAUUCUCGGUCCUCCUGGAUCAGUAUAUGAAGGAGGUGUUUUCUUCCUUGACAUACAUUUCUCACCAGAAUACCCUUUCAAACCUCCUAAGGUGACAUUCCGGACUAGGAUAUACCACUGUAACAUCAACAGCCAGGGGGUGAUAUGCCUGGACAUACUCAAGGACAACUGGUCCCCUGCACUCACCAUUUCUAAAGUCUUACUAUCUAUUUGUUCCUUGCUCACUGACUGCAAUCCAGCGGACCCGCUGGUGGGCAGCAUCGCGACUCAGUAUCUGCAGAACCGCGAGGAGCACGACCGCAUCGCGCGCCUCUGGACCAAGCGUUACGCGACAUGAUCGCCCGGCCAGGCCCACUCAUACUCAGCCCAUACCAUUCUGUUCUCAAAAUCAACCCUCCACGUUAAUAUAAGCUUAAAAUGUUUAACAGUAACCCGUUUAGCAUAUUUUGCAUAACUAUCGGCGUCCCGGACGCGACUCCCGACUGUGACGGUGCGCGUGUUUCUUAUAAUGGCUUAUUCAUUUUUUUCGCAAUUAAUGUGAUGUAUAAACAAGCUUAAAAUUGUCCAAAACUAAUGUAUAGGCCUUAUUUAAUCAAUGAUUUUUUUUCUGUUAAUCGUUCCUUAAUGUAUGGAUACAGAAUAAUUUUCUUAAUAAAUUUGUAAUUUUAGGUUUUACCAGUGAAUUUGAGUCAAUUUUCCGCGAUGAUGCGAUGAUCUCAUACACUUUGUACUGUUACUGCUUAUGUGCGGUCGGACUAUCUCAGGCCGACAUCUAUGUUAUAAAUUAAUAAUAAAUCGUAGAUUAUCUCUAUAACGAUUUUUGAUUUCAGGGUAUGGAUUACAUUCAUUUUGUGUGAUAAAAAAAUAAUGAAACACGCCUGGCGUGGCUUAAAACUGAAUCAUACCAGAUGCCUAUGAAGCAUGGUUCAGAUUUUCUGCAUAAACAUACUUGAGCCCAAAGCGAUUGUAAUGUAUGGAAUUACAUGUUCGAAACUAUAUAGAGUUAGGCCAAAAAAGUCUGCAUCGAUUUUGAUAGCACACGCAGUGCAAGUGUUAUUUUAAACGUCAAAUUUCUAUAGAAAUUAUGAUGUAUUAAAUAACAUUUGCAGUGCGUAUGCUAUCAAAAUCGCUGCACUGGUCUAACUUUACCAUCUCUUAUAAUUCCAUACAUUACAACGGGCUUUCUAAGCCUGAACAUGCUGCUUAUGCGUCUGGUGUGCUUCGGCCUUUAUUUAAGAGUCAAAUCCACCCUCUAGCUCACUAUUAUUUCUUUGCACGUAAGUCUUUGCAUUUACAUUAUAUUAUGCCGUACUGUGCGAUAAGUGAUACUGUACUAGAGGGCAGACCUAAAAGAAGGAUGAAAUAUAAACUCCUGAUUACUUUAAAUCACCCUCAUAAUUGUGUUGACUUUUGAUACAAGGUACAAAUAAUUGAUUUAUUGUUGAAAUCUCCAGUUACCGAUGACCGAAGAAUCAUUUUAUACAUACAUCCCCUCUGCCAUAUGUAACGCGCAAUUUUUUAAGGCCUGUGCCGAUGUCAAGAGUGUAUGCUUCGAUGACUAAUCAUAACAAAUGAAUAGAAUUUUUAAUUAACUACUCGAUGUUUCCUAAAAGAUGUGAUGGUCAUAUUUUGAAGUUGUUGUAUUGCCUUAAUUUGAGUGACAUUUUUGAGAAUUGUGAGUCUUUAGAUAGGUUUUACUUGGUCCUAUUGUUUUGAAAUAGAUAGUAAAUUUAUUUGAAUCAAUCCUAGGUUGCGUGUUUUACUAGUUUUCUUUAUUUGCGUGCAAUGGUUGAUAAAAUAGUCACUCGUUUUUGAAAUAAAGUAAUCAUAAUAAAUGUGAAAUGACUGAUGGUCCAGCAAUAUUUCCAAAUUACGGUUUUAACUAUUAAGUAUUUCAUAGUUGUUUUGCAGGAUUGCUGUAUCGAAUCGAGCAGUGAUUGGACAAUGUAGAUUCAUUAGUUCACAAAAUAAAACAUAUCAAGCUUUGAUCCAAUAGUGGGUGAUUUGAUUACGUUCCUUGCGGAUUCCCGUCGGGGUAAGGUAUACGGCUUCCGAUAAGCGCACUCAGAUGUGCCAAAUCAUGAAAUCAGUCCAAACGCAUGACCACUUAUCUGUUGUCAUUACUCCGUGUAUUUUUUCUAACAUAUUCCGUUUAGCAUGUAAACAAUUAUUAGAAAUAAGUUAUUCUACUAUUUAGGUAAUGUGUAAUGUAUGUCUUAACCAUAGUUCUAAUUAAAAUUAGCUGUGUAAUAAUUUUAGUGGGAGUAUGUCGCGUGUAUAUGAAUGUAUUGACGAUCCCGUAUGGAAUGGAAGACAUUCGUUAUUUUUGAUGAAAUCGGUGAUAACAUGGUGUAACUGGUGCUGUGAGGUUCACAUGCUUGCGACAUACAAUAGAUAAUCGAAUACUGGGAUGGUAUUCAAGACUGGAUAUUUUUGUCAAUGUGAUUUUUUAAUUAUUUUGUACUAUGAAUAUGUUGCUUGCAAUCGACAGCUGUAUUUAACGCGACUGAGGUUCCUCUGAAUCGAUUGACUUCGGACCCUUGUAACCAUCCUCUGUUACAAUUUGUAUCAUGGUAUAAAAUAGAAAAAAAUAAAAUUGUGUGUAACUAGAACACC